AUGCCACUGGGUCUCCUGAUAUGGGGCUGGGCCGGCGAGGCACACACCCACUGGAUCGUGCCCAACCUCGGAGCAGUGGUCUUUGCCGCGGGCGGGUACACUUGUUCGGCAUCUGUAAGCGUGUACACGAUCGACGUCUACACCCGCUACGGCGCAAGUGCAGUGAGCACCAAUUUGGUCACGAGGAGUAUGGCGGGCGCGUUCUUCCCGCUUUUCGCGCCGUACUUGUUUGAUGAGAAGAGGCUGGGCUUCGGCUGGGGAUGCACUGUGCUGGCUGGGGCGUUCUUGGCUGUUGGGUCUGGAGCGAUUGUGAUCUUGUGGUUCUGGGGCGAGAAGAUCAGGGCGAGGAGUCGGUAUUGUGCUGAGGACAAUGAUGAGGAGUGA